UUCUGGAUGUCAAAACAUCCAAGGAAGAGAGCACGGCAGAUCAUGGAUCAUGGAUCAUGGCACUAAGUACUUCCGUAGGACCGUAACCCGUUAGAUCCAACUUGCCGAGGUCAGUCAACACAACAGUGUAAGCAAACCGUAAAAAACUUCUAAACCUUCCCAGCAACCUUCCCAGGCCCCACGACUCCGGCUAUGGCAAUAGCCAUUCCGAACGACUCCAGACUCACUAGUUGAGUCGCUGAUAAAAAGCAACAGAAAAGUUUCAUAAGGUAGAUCGUCUUCGAACACGCACAUAUUAGCCUCUCCCCAGUCCACCCAAACGACUUGGCAGGAUGUACCACAAGUCCAUGUUCCCCGACCUCCCUGUCGUGCCAGAGGCUAAUGUUCAUCAUCUGCUCUUUAAUCGGCCAGACCAGCAGGCCUGGCCAGAUUAUACGUUGUACGUGAAUGCAACCACUGGUAAACGGUGGUCUUUCCGUCAAUUCGUUGAGCGUGUGCGCGAUGGGGCUACCGCUCUCGGAGCUGACAUCGAGCAAGGUGGCCUCGGUAUCUCUCUUGCGAAGGGUGAGAUCGUCGGGAUCCUAAGCGAAAACUCCCUGGACUACAUUGCGUUAUUGCAUUCUCUGUUGGCGAUUGCAGUGCCUUUCGCUAUGAUUUCUGGGUACUCGACUCCUUUCGAAUUCAAACAUGCUGUGUCACUGUCGCAGGCGACCCGGAUCUUUGUCAGCCCCUCAUUACUACCCCUCGCUUUGACUUCAGGUCUCCCAGAUGACCGGGUUUACCUGCUGGAAGGUCACGUCGAAGGCCACUUGAGUUAUGAAGACCUUGUCAACCGUGCUCGACGCAAUCGGAUACCCCGCUUACCUGUACAGCACGCCACGCGAGACACUUUGGCAUAUCUGGUUUUUUCCAGCGGAACAAGCGGUCUUCCCAAAGCGGUUAUGAUAUCUCAUGGAAACCUAACGAAUUCACUCCUUCAGGUCAAGGUUGUAACAGAAGAAGUGAACAAGUUCCAGAAACCACCCGUUUGGAAUGGUCCCAACGGCAUGCAGGUGCUAUUUAACGUUCUCCCGAUACACCAUACGUAUGGCUUGCACAUAUCAUGUUUUCGGGUGUUCUUUUCGCCACUCACCGUUGUCUUGCUCCCGAAAUGGGACGUCAAUGCCUUCCUCAACGCCAUUCCUAAGUAUCGCGCCACCACUUUAUACCUUGUUCCUUCCUUGGUCCAUCAGCUCGUACAUCGUCCUGAGUUCCAGGCCGCCGACUUUAGCACUGUCCAAGUUGUGCAUUGUGGAGCUGCCUACUUGCCUGUGUCGCUUUCGGAAGCACUGCUUUCUCGUUUUGCGGGCCUUGAGCGGAUAGGUGAAGGCUAUGGGAUGUCUGAAAGCACAAUAUCUAUUGCUAACAAACCCAUUCCCGGCGUGCUCGACGGGCGGGCGAAAAACAAGCCAGGCUCCACAGGCGUCCUACUGCCUGGCAUUGAGGUUAAGGUAGUGCGUGAGGACGGGACGCUGGCCGCAGUGAACGAACCUGGAGAGCUGCACGUCCGAUCGGGGUGUGUUGCGCUUGGAUACCGUAAUAAUCCGAAAGCAACCGAGGAAACGUUCGUCAAUGGAUGGCUUCGCACCGGUGAUAGGAUACGAAUUGAUGAAGACGGCGACACACUCAAGGUCUCUGGAUUGCAAGUCUCUCCUGUAGAGAUCGAAAACACACUCUUGGUGCACCCAGAUAAACUCAUUAUUGACGCAUCAGUCGCGGGUGUGAGUGGUGGACGCACCCUUGACGAGCGGAUACCCCGGGCGUGGGUCGUGUUGUCUCCUGAGGGUCACAAAUUGGGAGCUUCUUCAACCAUGGCAAAGCUCGACGUGUGGGUGCGUGAGUCGUUGAGUAAAUAUAAAUGGCUCCGCGGAGGCAUCGAAGUGGUCGAUAUGAUUCCAAAAUCGCCCACGGGAAAGGUAUUAAGGAGACAACUAGCAAUUAAGGCCAAACUUUAGCGUUUGGUGCCUUGUUUUAUUACAUGAUACCUUGGUUCAACGGGUAUGCGGAUGCACGCGUGAAUCACCAGUCACUUGAUAUUGCCAACAUCGAGCUGGC